AUGUCGCAAUACUACAACCAGUACGGCGCAUCCGCUUCCCCCUCGGCGACGGAGAACCUGCAGUUCUACCACGGCUCCUACGCGGCCACGCCCUCGCAGCCUCCUCCGCCGGCCGUCGGCGUUGGCUAUGGCGUGCCGCCGGGCUACCGCGAGCAGACGGGCCUGAGGACGGGCUGGCUGGCCGCCUUCUCCGCCGAGGGCUACGACAACGAGCCGUCGCUGCGGGAGGAGCUGGGCGUCGACUUUGGGCACAUGCAGGCCAAGACGCUGGCCGUCCUCAACCCCUUCUCGCCCAUUGAGCGGCUGGAGCACGUCAUGAACGACUCUGACCUUGCCGGACCUUUGCUCUUCGUCGUGCUCUUUGGCGCCUUUCUGCUGUGCAGCGGCUCCGUCCACUUUGGCUACGUCUAUGGCCUCGCCCUCAUGGGGUCGACGAUGCUCUACAUGAUCCUCAGCUUGAUGACGCCGGAUACGCCUGCGGGAUACCCCGGGGCCGACGUCUCGCCCAGCGGCCUCACAUUCACCCAGAACGCCAGUGUGCUGGGGUACUGCUUCCUGCCACUUGUUCUCACGUCGUUGAUUGGCGUUGUCAUGCCGCUGGAUUGCAUGGCCGGAUACAUUAUCACGAGCUUGGCCAUUUGCUGGGCGACGUCAAGAUCCAGCGCCAUCUUUUGUGCUGUCGGAAAAAUGCGAGAUAUGCGUGGCCUUGUGGCAUACCCGGUAGCCCUGUUCUACGUCGGAUUCGGCAUCAUCACCAUCUUCAACAGCCGAGGCAAGGCGCAGUGA